GAAGGGAUUUGACAAAAAGAGAUUGAACUUGACGGUGACUAGCUAAGAUUCUGGAUAGGGACGGUUUAAUUGGAUACGAAUACGAUUAAAUUUGAAAAAGUUAAGGGAAAAUGGAUGUUUUACUAUCGGCUCAAAAUAAUGGUAGUUUGAAAGUACUUCGUUUGAAGGAAAAAGGAUCAAAGAUUCUAGUCAAGCCAAAACCUGAUUUUUGUAUUGAAGGAUCAAGAAAUUAUAUCCAGAAAUUAAUUGUAUUCAAAUUUCAAAAAAAGGAUUACAUGGUGAUUGCCAGGUCAUCAGGGCUUAUUCAAUUAUAUGAGGAUUCUUCUUCGUCCAUUUUCAAUAAAACUUUACCCCAAUUGAAAAACAAGAAUACGAAAAACUAUAAACUUUUCAAAGAGUGGAAAAAUAGUAAUACUGGUUACCUGGAUGAGAUUGUAUCAAUUGGGUUUGUAAACAAUCGUUAUUUAUAUAGUUGCUCUAGUGAUGGUAAAUUGAUAUUCCGGGAUUUGGUUAAUGACGAUGCUGAUGAGAGUUAUAAGGUCUAUAUGAUUGAUGGCCCAAUUUCAUGUAUAUACUUGCAAGCUGUUUCGGAUGAUGUUAUAAAACUUUUCAGUGCUGGUAAAAAUAAUGAAUUGAAAGUUUAUAAUAUCGAGUUAAGACAUGGUACUCCCAAUUUAUUGGCAUCAAUUAAUGAAGAUAUUCAAAUACUCUCUAGCGAAUUGCGAUCAACAAUCAGUUUGACUUACGAUCAGCCGGUUGAGCAAUCGAGAAGUUUAAGAAGAAGCUAUAAUAAUUUAAAUUUGCGGAAUUCGUUACAAAAUCGUCAUAAAUUGAAUCCAACUUUUAUCUCAUGUUCUAGACAAGAAGAUUAUAUCUAUAAAGCCUCACUUUUAGAUACAAUUACCAACUGGAUUGUAUCAGUUUGUUACAUUGGGAGUACCAAUGAAGGCAGUGAAUUUAUUAUAUGUGGGACUCAGUUUGGAAAAUUAUUAGUGUAUGAUAUUAAAAAUAGUAAGUUCCCAAUAAAAGUAAUUCACUUAUCACAAUUUCCGAUUGAUAAUGUACAAACAUUCCAUGAUAGAAGAUAUCUCAUAUAUACUGAUACAAUGUCUAAGGUCGGUAUAAUUGAUAUUAAUUCAUUUGAAAUCAUUAAUUUCUAUGAUAAUUUAGAUUUCGGUCCAGUAAUGGCAUUGAAACUAUUAAUUAACGAUGGAUUAUUUAAAAUAAGUAAAUUUAAUAACCGAGUAUCAAAGUUUGAUCCAAUUUACUUAAUUGCAACAACAAUCGAUCAAAGAUUAAUUGUUUAUAAACUUUAUGAUGACAAUAAUGUUGAAAUGAAAUUAAACGUACAGAUUGAUACUUUAGUACCAAGUGUUGAAAUUAUGGAUUCAAAUCCUUACUUUGUUGUGAAGAGUUUAUUCGAUAAUGAAACUCGUUCCAAAACCAAAAACUUUAAUUUAACAGAUUUUUCUAAUAAUUUAAGUGAAUAUCCAAUCAAGAAGAGACGGCUUACUUCUCCAAUAAUAACCUUACCCCUUGAUAGUGGAUAUAAACUGAAGAAUAUUUUAACUUCAGAUAACGUUAAUUCCUACUUGCAUGAGAAGCAUGAUACUCAAUUCAAAGAUGGCAUGAUGUCAUCGUAA